UGUAGUUUUUCCAUAUAUGAGAGUAAACUGAUUCCUAACAGCCAUAAUCGACACGAAACUUGUUUGUGAUGGAAUCCCUUCAAAUCAGUUUAAUAAUAUUACUUUUUAUGGUGACAGUAGUCGGGGCAAAGAAACGUUUUCAUCCCAGUUGUAUAGAUGAUUUCCCAACAUUUUAUAACAAUAUCAGUGACUGUAACUUGAGCGUAUCUACUGCGUCUGCAGCAGUGUUUUCCAAAAACAUUCGACAUUACGGUUACAAUUUUGUGAGAAUCAAUCUCCGCUUUAGCAAUACGACUGUCCGCUGGACUCGGUGUGUGGUCGAAGCCUAUAAAUGGAUAUGGACAUACAACGGCACGGAUGGCGCUACAGCAUAUCUCUCUUGGCCAGUGGAAUAUAAUGUACUGUCGUUUGGUCUCCUCGAUUCUCACACGCUUCGGGAUUUACCAAUAGACAUCGUCCAUCAUGGAAAAUGUGACAAUAUGAUAAUUGGACAUCCGGAGACGACGUUUGGCAUAGCAAAAGCUUUGGCAAAUAUGACGAAAAAGCUUGUAUCCGAUUCAAAGGAUAUGAAAUAUGAUAGCAGUGUAUGGUGCUAUAAAGAAAGAAUUUUUGUAAAUGAUGAAAAAUGGACGAUGUGUCAUUAUGCAUUUUGUCCAUUUGAAUCCUUAACUUACAUGUGUUGUAGCUGGGAAAACUACGAGAAUAAUGAAGUAAAAUGCGAGAAAAAACAAAGACAACUGAAAUGGUUUCUUCCCUUUUUGUUGGGAUCGCUUGUCUAUCUCUUUUCUCCCAUUGCUGUUUUUGGUAUAGUUGGGUUCUUAUAUAAGAAAUGUAUUCCAGAAAAACAAAACCGUUUGAAAAUUGGGAGAGAAGUUUCGGUAGAUUAUGGAACAUUUCGAGGCUUAGCAUAUACUUAUGUUCAUGGACAAGAGAUAUCAGAUUUCGAUAUAGACAGGGAUGAAAACGUAAUUUUUUACAACCCAAUACAAUUCAGUUCUAUUUUUGAGUGUUUUCAAAUCAAUGCCUGCUGUUCGUCGAGGAGAUACCUCCGAUGUUUCUUCCCUGUUGCCUGUCUUUCUGUUCUCACCAUAAAGCUGAUUGUUUACAAAUACACAGAGAAGGACUUCGUCGUAGAGAGUGUGAGACAAGGUGUUCCCAUGGGAUUUCUUUCCAUGCUAAUAUCAAACAUUACGGUUCAAAGAUCUAACUAUUUGUACCAUUUCUACGGACCCAUCCCAGCAAUCGUACUAUUUGUGUGUUUUUCGCUGUUGUUCCUAUGUGUUCCAAAAGAUCUGAGCACAUUUCUUACAAAGGGAUUAAUAGAGAAUAACGAAGGAAUAUCUAUUUCCCCUUUAACAAGUGACAUUAGUAUCAAAACCAAGUACGGUUCUCUUCAAUCUGUCCGUAAUAUCAAUGGAUACAAACAAUUCAAAAUGAUACUGGUUUCCCAUUUUCUAAUGUUGUUAAACAUAAAGUUCUGGAAAUACUGUUUAAUCAUCCAGAUGGCCAGAUGGCGUUCAUUUUUUCCAAGAAAAUCAGGAUCUUUGCAAUUCCUUAAGAUUCUAUCAUUUACAUUUUACUGUACCGUGUGCACUUUUGAAUUGGCUCUGUGUAUUUUAUAUUUCGGAAUACCAAUAGUUUUCUUAUUCGUUACCUGUGUAAGGACCUAUUGCGGUGCGGUUGCAUACUCCUAUUGUUAUCGAUCCACUUUCAUCCGGGUCCUCAAGCACGUGAUGACUUUUGUGGUAUUCCUUAUACUGCUGCUUCUACUGUACUUCUUCAGUAUUAUAUUCAUCGACAGUUUCGUCUUUAUUUCACAGAUCCUGACGUACACUUACACCGGCCUGUUCGCCAAUCCUGAUUUCUCCUAUGGGUACGUCAUUCUCGCAGUCACUGUCAUUAUGUACAUGUUUGACAGCAUCAACUUUAUUCACUCUGUCUAUGACGACUUGUUUGUCCAAGUUCGAGACGUUUGCGAGAAGCUCAAGACAGAAAAUAAGUAUCCGGGAAUUCCCCUAAUUUAUACGGUGGACGAAUUUCAUGGUAUCCCGAGAAAGCUAUUUUCUUAUGUCAUUCAAACAACCAGACCAAUUCGGAGAGAAAUAUUUGUUUCUGUUUUGAAAAUUGCCUUUAUUGCUUCUGUCCUGUCGGUUUCGGUAAUGGUGCUUUCAGAUUUCCAAGACUUCAGACGUAUGUCGGAUCUAAUGCAGGCUGCCAUAACGCUAUUUGUUUGUCUGGUUCCCAAAAUAAUCAACAGUGUUUGUCAAGUAAACGAAACAAAGUGGAAAAUACACAAAUCCCUAAAACUGAAAAACGCUGUUCACUAUUUCUGCAGGAGAGAAAUGAGAAAGAAAACUACAAACGAUUUAACGACUGUUGUAAAUUGCAUUUGAUGAAAGUUUAUACGAAUAUUUUGGAAAGAGACAAUUGGAACAGAACAUCUCACCCGAGAAAAUCAUGUUAAGUGAGCAUGAACCGCUAAAUGUGUGACCUUUUGCUUUCUUUAUUUCUUUUUUGGUCGUAUCUUUAUAAAUGGUUUGUAUUUUUGUAUCUAAUUUUUAAUAUCUAGUGAUUUGUUAAAUGAAAGUACAAA